CGGGGGAAGGGGCGGCGCUGCCCGGCCGCUGCUGCCGGCCCCGCUCCCAGCCGGGCUCUGUCCCGGGCCUGUCCCGCCUCUGUCCCGGGCCUGUCCCGGGCCCCGCCCGGCCCCGGCCAUGCUGUGUGCCCCUGCCCGGUACCUGGUGUUCUUUCAGUACUUUGGCACCAGGUACAGUGGGGUUAUGGAGACCAAGAGCGAUCAGGCCCUGGUUGGAGUCCAGAAUUAUUUGGAGGAGGCAGCCCAGAAGCUGAAGCCCAGUGCUCCCAUCAAGUUCCACAUCUCCAGCCGGACGGACACCGGGGUGCACGCUCUGGCCAACGCCGCCCACCUGGACAUCCAGAGGGCUCCAGGAAAGGCUCCUUUCACUGCCCACCAGCUCGUCCACAGCCUCAACCACCACCUCAAGCCUGAGCCCAUCCGCAUCCUCAGUGCCCAGCGAGUUUCCAGCACCUUCCACGCCCGUUUCUGUGCCCUCUCCAGGACCUACCUGUACCGGCUGCUGCUGGGCUGUGCCCACCGGUCCCAAAUCCCCGUCUUCGAGCGGGAUCUGUGCUGGGCUCCUGCAGGAGGCCCCCUGAACAUCCCUGCCAUGAGGGAAGCAGCGAAAUUCCUGCUGGGGACUCACGACUUCAGCACCUUCCGCUCGCUCAGCCCCGAGAGCUGCUCGCAGAACCCUGUCAGGACCUUGCUGCAGGUGGAGAUCCAGCCCGGCCCUGGGCUCCUGUCCCACCACUGCCAGCACAGAGAGCUGGAGUUCUGGGAGGUGAAGGUCAAGGGCAGAGCUUUCCUUUACAAACAGGUGCGCAGGAUGGUCGGGGCGCUGGUGGCCGUGGGCCAGGGGAAGUUUUCCCCCCAGCACAUCCAGGAGCUGCUGGAGCUGAAGGAUUCCCGAGCGUUCCCCGCUCACGCCAUGGCCCCACCCUCGGGGCUCUUCCUGAAAUCCGUGGAGUACAGCCAGGCAGAUCUGGCCUCGGCAGAGAAGGAGGAGCUCUGUGGGCUGAGCUGAAAAGGAUCCUGUGGCCGUGGGGUGGGAAUGGGGCAGGAAUAAACUCAAUAAACCCCAUUGACAGCGGCUCAGGGGCUGCCAGGGCAGGGGGGGAACCAAACCCCUGCUGCUCCUGGGGCUGCUCUGAGCUCCUGGAGCUGCCCCUGGUGCUGCCCCUGGUGCUGCUCUGAGCUCCUGGGGCUGCUCCUGGUUCUGCCCCUGGUUCUGCCCCUGGUUCUGCUCCUGGUGCUGCUCCCGGUUCUGCUCCCGGUUCUGCUCCCGGUUCUGCCCCCGGUUCUGCCCCCGGUUCUGCCCCUGGUGCUGCCCCUGGUGCUGCUCUGAGCUCCUGGUGCUGCCCCUGGUGCUGCCCCUGGUGCUCUUUGGGCUCCUCAGGGGCAGGAAGGACUGUGGCUGCCUGUUUUUUUUCAUAUUUUGGGUGGUUUUUCUUCCUGUGGGUGUGUGGGAGGAAGGCAGGCUGAGAGCAGAGGAGAAAAUGCAGCGUUUCCUGCCCAGCCCUCUGUGAGCUGCUGUUGUCUGAUGAGGGAUUUACAGAAAAAGCUUUUGGGAGGGCUCAGGUUUUUCCUCUCCACGUCUCCCAACAGCUUUGAGUUCAUCCCUCAGCUCUUUGUGGUGGUGUCGCUCUCCCAGGGCAUCAGCAGGGAGCAGAGAGCUCAUAUUUGUCUGAAAAUCAAACAAUUUUUAAAUAAAACAAUCUUAUAGUUGUUAUAUAA